AAUUGUGGGUCAUAAUUAAACCAGGAAAAGGAUUAUGUUUACCCAGAAAAAUGGAAAGUGGUAGUAGACAAGCAAAGUUACCUAAUACUGAGGAUUAUUGCUUUUAAAUGUGAUGGAACUCAAAUCUCAACCAUGCAAACCUUGGAAACCCACAUGGCCACAAAACAUUAAAAUCACAUGGGGACAAAUGAAAGGACAAGAAUUACAAUGUCAGAAUUUGUAGUUUAAAUCUCUUUUCAUUUCCUGAUCUUAGAUCUAGUCUCAGUACUCUGAAGAUCUUCUGUCAAAAAGAUCCAAAACCCUUCUCUUAUCCGUUGCUCCCUUUUAUCACUCAAAUCUUAGACCAACUCUGCCAAAUUGAGUCCAUAUGUGCUUUUACAGCUAAGUCUGUUACUGGAAUAUGGCACACCUCAAUGGUCUAAAUGCAUUCCACAAAGGUUCAAGGUACAUAGAACCAGCAUGUCUCAGUAUUCUCUGAACUUGCAUGAAAGCUACUUGGUUUCUCAUCCCAAGCUUGAGUAAAUGAGAUCGUCUGAAGCAUAAGCAUCUAAAAAACCUUGAUCUUAUUUCAAUCACUUCAAGCUUGAUCUUUAAUUACUUUAAAGGUUGCCAUAUAAACUAUGGUUAGAUCCUGCUGGAGACCAACUGUAGUGGGUGAUGAUGAUGUGAAUGGGAGAGUUGAGGGGUUGCUUUGGUACAAGGAUUUGGGGAACCAUCUUUAUGGGGAAUUUUCAAUGGCUGUUAUUCAAGCUAAUAGUUCAUUGGAGGAUCGUAGCCAACUUGAAUCUGGACCCUUGAGUUCUGACUAUUUUGGUCCUCAAGGGACCUAUGUAGGUGUAUAUGAUGGUCAUGGUGGCACUGCGGCCUCUCAGUUCGUCAGUGACAAUCUUUUCAGCAAUUUCAAGAGUUUUGCAGCUGAACAUCAAGGCAUCUCAGAAAAUGUUAUCCGAAGGGCUUUUGCAGCAACAGAAGAGGAUUUUCUCUCUGUUGUGAAGAAACAGUGGCUAAGCAAGCCACAGAUUGCAUCCACGGGUACAUGUUGCUUGGCGGGGAUAAUUUGCAAUGGCAUGCUAUAUAUUGCUAAUGCAGGAGACUCAAGGGCAGUGUUGGGGAGAGCAGAGAGGGCUACAAGGGAAACAUCAGCUAUUCAAUUAUCUGCAGAACACAACGUAAACAUCCUAACAGAGAGAGAUGAACUUCGGUCAAAGCACCCUUAUGAUUCACAAAUCGUGGUUAAGAAACACAAUGUUUGGCGUGUGAAAGGCAUCAUACAGGUUUCACGAUCCAUAGGUGAUGCAUAUCUGAAGAAAGGCGAGUUUAACAAGGAGCCUCUACCAUUGAAGUUUAGACUACCGGAACCAUUCUUCAAGCCAAUUCUUAGUUAUGAACCAUCAAUAUCAAUGCAUAAACUGCAUCCUGACGAUCAAUUUAUCAUCUUUGCUUCUGAUGGUUUAUGGGACCAACUCAGCAACCAAGAGGCCGUCAAUAUAGUCAGCAACAACCCACGGAAUGGAAUUGCUAGGAGGCUUGUCAAAGCUGCACUUCGAGAAGCGGCUAGAAAGAGAGAAAUGAGAUUCUCUGACCUCCAAAAGAUUGAACAAGGAGUGAGGAGACACUUCCACGAUGAUAUUACUGUUAUUGUUGUAUUUCUAAAUCCUAAACUCAUUGAUAAUAGCUCCCUCUUGGGUUCUCCUCUUUCAAUCAAAGGAGGUGGACCUGCCAUUUCUUAGGGCCAACAAUUAUGGGCUUCCAUUCAUACUUUGUUUACAGAAUUAUUGUAUAAAGCAGAUAGGCAGAUGACAUAAUAUCACACUUCCAC